GGCAUGCAUUUGCCACGCAUUUGAGUGGAAGAACCUGGAAAGGUAAAAUCAAGACAAGGCAUUUAGUCAUAUAAAAAAAAAAGAACUUGUGUGCUAUCCUAUUGAAGACGGUGAAAUUGACUUGCGAGGAAGACAUGGCCGACGACAUCUUAAGUAUUAUACAAGCAAUUGAUCCAUUGUACAGGAUCAACGGCCAUUUACCACCAUACUAUGCUGAGAUGAUAGCCAAACUGAAGAAACCGCCAAGGAUAUCCAACCCAGAUGAACUGAAUGCUGAGGAACUAAGCAAAUUCCACUUGAAGGUGUUGAAAAGACCUGCUUUCGCUACACCUGAACUGAGGUCAUACGGUGUUCAAGAGUUCUACACCAACACCUUGGACCUGGAAUUUGACAAUCCUGAAUGGAGGGCCUUUGACAGUUCUGCCCCAGUGCAUUUAGAGGACUGGCAGCACAUCACCAAGGUUGAUGAACUUCUGUUAAAAAACUUAAUAGAGAGCAGUGGUAUGGAGGACAAAUUUGGGAAGCAGUGCCAUUACAUGCGGCAUCUUGUGGUGCACUCACCUGAGGACAAGGAGAAGAAGAAGUAUCUAUCUGAUAACAAAAAGAAGGCCCAUGACCCUUUGGCGGCGUCGGCGAGUCACUCUGGAGCUCGCCCCCGCUUCCCUCCUCAGCCCACAAGAAAGGACGCUCUCCUUCCUGCAAUUAUGUCUCAAGCUGAAGCGAAGAAGACAACCCCCAGCAGCUCCUCCGCAGGUCCCCACCCUAAGCCCAAGGUGUUGUUGAUGAUGCCGGAGAGAGACAUGCUGGCCCAUUAUUAUUUCAGAGAAUUUAUGCCUGCAUUUGUUGACCUCUUGUACAAAGAGAAGGAUAAACAAGAGUGUCUUCGGGAAAUUUGGAACUCUUAUGAUAGAGGUAUUCCCAUUGUGGGGUAUGUACCUUAUGAUAUGAUUCCUGAGAGAUUUCUCGAAGAACUCGAGGAAGACAAUGCCAGCUCUGGAGGUGAAAAAGUCAUGGAGGUGGACUAGCUGGGAGAAGGAGAUCGCUGCCCAGGAUAACUGAUCAAGUUCUUUGUUAGCUAGUAUUUUUUGUGAUGAUACUGAGCUGGGAGAAGGAGGUGGGCUAGCUGGGAGAAGGCUUUUGCUGCCCAUGAUAACUGAUCAAGUUCUUUGUUAGCUAGUAUUUUUUUUGUAAUGAUACUGAGCGAGUGCCGUGUGGUUUAGCACAUCUUUUUAUCCCAGUCUCCUAGUUUAGUGGUACCUUAGUGAUACAGAUUGAUAGCUUCCGGAAACUUUCUAUUGGUUGAUAUCUUCUGGAAA